ACGUAAUGAUUUAAAUAAAAAACAACAAACAACACUAAACAGACCAAAAAAAUAUAAUAACCACCAAACAUUCUCAAUUCAUGCAUGCACUGUUUCAAAGCUCUGGGAUUGUUGUUUGUUGUGUAGUGAUGCUGGUUGGCCGCUAUGUGUCCUUGUUGCACCGGGUGGCCGAGCAGUCGAUCUUAAUGUCGCGUAUAAUAGCGGGUCACCCAGAUAAAUCAGCUAUUCCCAAACCCGCCAGCGCAGGUGAAGCUAGACUCCGCUGAUGCACCGAAGCUCCCACUAGACGUGCAGCACAGUACAGCAUACAGAGGUGGUUUUCCACUUCUUUUAGACAGUUUGUCCGUUUUUCAGGUCUGGUGUGCUAGGUGUGGGAGCAUAUCGUGUUGUGUCUGUGGAUAGCGACUGAUUGGUGCGAUGACUGCGGAGUGGCUGUGCCCCCCUGGCGUGGGGCCGCUGUGUGGUGCAGAGUUGGAGGCGUGGUAUGAAGACCUACAGGAUAUACUGGGCUCCGACGCGGGCGGGGCCAAAGUAACGAGAGCCCCACCUUGCUCCGAGAAGGAGCCCGAGUUUCUGGAUGUGUUGGAGAGCUGCUCGCUCACCUGGUUGACGGAGGGGCAGGUUUGGGGCGACGGGGUGCAACGGGUCACCGAUGAACCGCCCGUCGUCCAGUCGCCGCCGCGAAAGGAUGACCGGAGAGGCGGCGACUCGGAGCACACCUCAUCCGGAGGAGACCUGCUUCCGCCAGAGUUCUUCGAGCUCCUCAGCGAGGGCGGCGUCGGGUCGGUGGAGACGAUGGUGACUGCCGGGUACCACGUUUCGCAUCACCCGCCUCCGUCGCCAUCCGCGAGCGAGGAGGAGCUCCUGACGGUCCCAGACACAUCGUCAUCCUGCUCCUCGGCGUCCUGCUCGCCCUUCCUCAACCGCUCCCCGCCGCCGUCCCCUCCUGCGCGACCGGGAAAGAGAAAGCGGGCCGGCGACAAAGGAGGAGGCACGCUGUGCUCCCCGUCCCCCGGGAAGAAGAGCCGACGGGAGCGCGAGCAUGAGAACGAGAGGAAGGUGCAGGAGCUGACGGAUCAGAACGAGCGGCUCAAAGCCGAGAUCGAGCGGCUGGGAGAGGAGGUGCAGCGGACGCGCCGGGCGCUCAUCGAGAGACUCGUCAACACCAGGAGGUGAAGGAGCGACAGGAGGAGCCCAGGGGCCAAAGGGAAACAAACAAUUGGCGGAAACUCAUCUGGCGGUGACUGUGAAAUGCACAUUUAGAGGGAGAUAAAAGACAUGUGGGACGGGGGGAGAGAGAAUAGGUUCACUGAGUGACUCCCGCCGAGAGAGAAAGAGAAAGUCAGAUUAAGCCGUAGAAAAGAAAGAAUGUGGAGCCCAACGGAAACACGGACCGAACUCAGCCCGAAUGCAAAGUCAAGAAGAAAUUUGAUAAAUGUUUAGUUUUUUUUAUCAGUAUUUUAGUACAUUUAAAUCGGCGUGAUACAUUUAAAUGAACAUCCUUUAAAGGCAAAUGCUACAACGUGUGUUACAAUUUAACUAAUUAUAUUACAAAUGAAUUGAAGAAUGAGUAAUAAAAAUAUCAAAAAGCAAAUAAAAAAAA